GCUAGCAAUAAAUAGAGGGGCGCCGCGCCCCUCUAAAAUUUGCCCACUUAAAAAGCGCCCCUCUAUUUUUCUGUUAAAUGCCCUUUUAAUCUCUAAAUUCCUGCUUUCAGGCCGUAUAAAUCACCAGAAACAUCGACAUGAAUACACAGAUAACACCCUUACAUGACUGCCUGGGGUGUAUUAAGUCAACACAAUGUGAACAAACAAGCCCCAAGGGCAUGGUUUGUUAUUAGAUCACUAAUUAGCCUUUUGUUGCAGACGAUAGUAACAUGCUGUGAAAGAUUAUCUCUGAGGUCACGCUUGGUUAGGCACAAUCACACUCGAAUGAAAUCAAACUCAGCACUAUUGAUUUUUUUAAACUUCUGAAAUCUUUGGCUACAUUUUGUUUGUUUGCAAAAAUAUUGAUUUUUAAUUCAAAAUACCUAUUAACAUUUGAAAAUUAAUCAUCUUUUUUGAAUGCGAAUAUGCGGAUAAUUUUAAGUCCGAAAUUACGUCAUGGAAAAUAUAUUUUUGUUUGGAUUUUAUUUCUGAACUUUAAAACACUGUCUGUCCUCAAUCAUGAUGAAUUUUAACAUGAAUAGGGGCAGACAGUUGUUAUUUCAAAAAAUAAAGAACUUGUUUGGAAGGAGGAUUUAUCACUCUGCGAGUAAAAUGUGAAAGUAGGAACAGCUUGCUUUCUGCUCUCUUUGGAAGAUAACACCAAUGAAGGAAAGAAAACUUGUUCGGCUUUCUUAAAAAGAUGGUCCAGCUAUGUUCAGUCAACCACAUCAGAUUCAGAGGACAAUAUGCCAAGUAGUGAUGAUUCCUUCACUGAGUCUUUAACUGAUGUGCCAGACCUUUCUUUGGAUGAUGGAGUUGAGACGUUGAUAAAGGCACGUGAUUCUUCUACGAAAGACACUAAUGAGAAUGAAGCACAAAAGAUGUUUUUGGGAAUAUUUGAUGUCCACAUUGAAAAUCUCAUCCCACCUUCGCCAAAAAGAGCAUCAAGACUGCUGGACCUUGAACACGUGAAGUUUUUAAUGGACUCUUUUCAAAGUGGAGUUUUUCAACAACUUACAAUCCUGGUAGGAAUGGUCCCUGACGAUUGUGACCCGUCGAUAUUAAAGAUGAAAGGUGCCGGACAGGUUGAGACCCUUGGAGGGAACCACACAAGGGAAGCCCUUCAGGGUCUUCUAAGGCGUGGUCUCGCAACUAUAACCACAGUCAAAAUGAAUAUUUAUUCAGCCCUGUCAACAUGCACAGCCUUAACGGUGGGUUGGCAGCACAAUGUUUGCUUGCAGGAGAAGCAAAAGCCUUUAAGCUUCAUUGACAAGGUGAGGCUUAUGAGACAGGUUCGCCCAUCAAUGCACAUGUCACCAACGGAUAUGAAGGCUUGGAAAGAAGCUCUUUCUUCCAUCUUUCAUGUGAAGGACAUCAGAAGAUUCCAGAAUUCGUAUGGACUGCAUAUGAAGAUGGCUCAGCUUGAACAGAGAGUUUGGGCCAUUGUGGAGGAAGUCUCGGGUGGUGCAGUGAAAAUCUCUGAAAAAUUCUUCAGACCACUCUUGAAAAUUCAAUCAACCGAGGAUAUUGAGUCGUGUCUGAACAUUCUGCGAAGCAAAGGAUUAGCUGAAUAUAACAACAAAAUAAAGGAAUUUUUGGGAUCCAGACCACUUACAAAAAAAAGAAAGCAAACUGACCUGGAAGAUGAUGCCAAUGAGGAAUGUUCAAACACUUCUGAGGGACUCCUUGAGAAGUACAGCAAGGUAGUUGAUGAGCGUCAAAUGAUGAAGGACAAAUGUUCCAAACGGGAAACAGAAAACUCAGAAUUGAGGCGUCAACUGACAGAGCAUUGCUCGAAGUCCAAGGAAAAUUCAUCAAAGGACAAAGAAAUUGAAGCAUUCUGGAGAUUUGAAGACGGACGAGAGGAAUGGUUGCCGGCCAAAUUGAUCCGAAAAUAUGCUAACGGAGAGUGUUCAGUCCAGUACUCUGAUGGAGUUAGUAGAGUGAGGUCCUCAUGGGUGAGAGAGGUGGGACAGAUGUAAGGUCAUCCUAUUGCCACAUCUAGAAGUUAUACCUAUUUUCUCAAGACUAAAAAUGUCGUGAACUUAAAAUAAAUGUUGAUAUCAAUAUUUGCAACCAGAGUACAUAUUAAGGCACUUGAUGUUAUUUUUCUGAAUGAUUGAAGUCAGGUUUCUCAUACUAAGACAUUUCCCUGUCAAGUUAUGGAAUUAACUUAAAUUUUAUGGUGUGAAAUUUCUGUUUUAUAAAAAAAUGCAUAGAUAAUUUUUAUCAAAUUGUGAGACUGAUAGCUUCAUUUUUUUUUAUAAAAUCAUGCAAAUGAUUGCCCUUUUUUUGAAGUAAAAGAAAAAAAAAUGAAUUUUACAUCACACUGAUGAUCAUAUUAAGUGUAUGCAUUAUUCUACAUGAUUUUGUUCAGUUUAAUGUUGGAAUUGAAUGUUCCCUAAUCAACAAUUUGAUUCUCUUUACUGCACUUUUGUUUAUGUGCAUUAUCCAAAGAAUGUUUGAAUUCCAUUUUGAAAUGCUUGAUGAGAACUUGUGGUUUCACUUAGGUAUAUGCUUUUUUCAUUAUUGGUUUUGUUCAGUGGUGGUGGUCAUAUUCUUCUUAUGUCAUUUCGGUCAGUAGAAUAUGGGACUUGUAUAUAACAGUUUAAAUGUUUGAAUAGUUUAUGAGAUUAUUUUAAAUAAAACUAUUUUUGAAUUUCUUUCGCUAUAUAAUCAAAAGUUAAUUAAAGAGAUUUCACGUUUCUUACUGUUGCAAUCAAUUUAAUAUCUUAAAAUAACCCGAGAUCUUUUAAGAAACUAGACAAAAAAUAAGUUCUAAUGGUGAACAAUUCAUAUUCAGUCAGCCUUUGUAAGCAAUUGUAACUGUGAAUGUGUUCAUGUGCAUUAUUCUAACAUUUUUUUGAUUUCGGUUUAGAAAUGCUUUGUAUGAACUUGUCUUCAUUUUAAAAUGCUUAAUUAAAAUUGAUUUUGUUAAUUUGUGAUUACCAAUGUUUUAUUUUGUAUGUCCUAUAUGAUGUUUGAGUAUUUCAGAGAAACAAUAAAGUUUUGCCCUUACAAUACAUACUAAAAUUGUGGCAGAAUUGUUUAGUAAUGAAAAUACAAAUUGCAGCAAUUGCACUUGUUAAAGAACUUUGAAUGGUUAUACAUGUAAUAGCGGUAAAGAUUGUUUUAUUUAAAUAUUUAAUUUUUCAUAAUGACUUCACAUGUUAAAAAAAAAUGUUUAGCAUUUUUUAAUACUUGUAUAUUUUGAGAACUAAUUUAAGUGUGACAUAAAUAAUAUUGAAUCAUUCACACUAUUUAAUAUAUAUUUUCUGACCUGCUGACUGGUGGAUUGAGUACAUAUUAGUAUACUGGUAUUGUUUUUUAUUUUUGAAAUUUCACUGAUUGAAAAUUUACACAUCAUUUUGUGUGUUCUGUAUUUACUAUGCCCCCCUUCGAAGAAGAGGGGGUAUAUUGCUUUGCACAUGUCGGUCUGUCGAUCGGUCCGUCCACCAGGUGGUUUCCGGAUGAUAACUCAAGAACGCUUGGGCCUAGGAUCAUGAAACUUCAUAGGUACAUUGAUCAUGACUCGCAGAUGACCCCUAUUGAUUUUGAGGUCACUAGGUCAAAGGUCAAGAUCACGGUGACCUGAAAUAGUAAAAUGGUUUCUGUAUGAUAACUCAAGAACGCUUAGGCCUAGGAUCAUGAAACAUGAUAUGUAGAUUGAUCAUAACUCGCAGAUGACGCCUAUUAAUUUGCAGGUCACUAGGUCAUAGGUCAAGGUCACAGUGACCCGAAAUAGUAAAAUGGUUUCCGGAUGAUAACUCAAGAACACUUAUGCCUAGGAUCAUGAAACUUCGUAGGUAGAUUGAUAAUGGCUGGCAGAUGACCCCUAUUGAUUUUCAGGUCACUAGGUCAAAGGUCAAGGUCACGGUGACCCGAAAUAGGAAAAUGGUUUCCGUAUGAUAACUCAAGAACGCUUAUGCCUAGGAUCAUAAAACUUGAUAGGUAGAUUGAUCAUGACUCGCAGUUGACCCUUAUUGAUUUUCAGGUCACUAUAUCAAAGGUCAAGGUCACGGUGACCUGAAAUAGUAAAAUGGUGUCCGGAUGAUAACUCAAGAACGCUAAUGGCUACGAUCAUGAAACUUCAUAGGUACAUUGAUCAUGACUUGCAGAUGACCCCUAUUGAUUUUGAGGUCACUAGGUCAAAGGUCAUGGUGACCCGAAAUAGUAAAAUAGUU